CAAAUAUGGCGGAGUGAGGUACAUGAUCACACUGAAAUGAUCGAUAAGUUUAGGCCGUUACGAAGUAAUAAAGCAUUCUUCUGUCAAUUCUUUACAUAGAAGGAUGUCGAAGUCGGGUCAUCUAAAGGAAGUUCCUUUUCGUUCUUGGCGUUUCGACUUGAUGUGCAAAAGAUACUUUAGACUCUUUAAAAGCAGCCCUUAUUAAUAUUGCUGUUUACUCAAUUGAAUACAGUUAGCAUCGCAAGAGAAUAUUAGGCGUUAUGGGUGUAACUAUAGUCUAGCUAAUUCAUGCAAAGCUCUUGAAUACCCACAAUAAAUGUCAACAAUGUAUUCUGAGUGGGUCUCCCUUCGUCAUGAUCUSCGWGCAGAGAAAGGAAACAAGAGYGUAUUGGCCAAUUUUCCRAAGCCAGUUGGUCGUGACAUUGCUCAUACUGUUGCAAAAACACUACUCCAAGARCAAAGUACUGAUGAAAGGAAAAAGCUCAACACUGUGGCUGAGGUAGAUUGGGUGAUGGAGGUGUUUUGUUAUGGUCUGUCAUUACCUAUGACAGAAGGGGAUGGUGAGGUAAUCAAAGGAUGUGUCAAUGUCUAUAUUGACUGGCUUAGUGUCCUAUUAAUGGAUGAACAAAAGCAAGGAAUACCAGACCCUCUUAUCAAAGAACCCAUUAAAUACAUCAGAAAAAUCUUUCAACAUUUAAAAAACCUCUUCUUAAUAAGGGUUGAUGAUGGCAGUAACCUUGCCCUUCAGGCCUCACUAUGCAUUCGAGUGUUACAAUUUUUCAAAGUCGUUGCAAGUGAAAGCUCACUUUCUGCUGAAAUCUGGGACGCAAUACUUCGCCUGAUGCUUGUCAUUAAUGAGAAACUUUUGUCCCCACCCUACAGCUCUGGGGGACUUUGUGAGCACCUGAGAGAGAUCCUAAUCCAUAGUCUGUUAGAAGUUUGGUUGUAUGCAAGUUUGCAAUAUUUCCCUCCCCCAUCAAUGUGGAAGACAUUGCAAGAAAUGUGCAUGUCAUGGAGRCACCACAAUGCAAUGAUCGAGUACUGGAGCAGUACAUCUUUGCUACUAACAAGAAAAGUUAUCAAGCAUCUUUAUGGGAAUUCAUUUUCRCUACCUUCACUGAAAAUAAAGAAAAAUGAUGUUUGUCUUCCCCCUAUAAUGUCUGGCAGUACUCUUCUUCAAUGCUGGUUCCGARUUCUCCACAUCAUUGGGAAUCCAGUGGACUUAUGUAACAGGGAAUUGAUCAGUGAUACUCCAAAAUUCAAAGAGUUUGCAUUGUCUUGUGAAGAUGUCACAUAUCCAUCAGCGCACCCAUGUUUAGAUUGCCUACCACAGAUUUUUCUACAUGCAAUGAAAGGCAUUGCAAUCAUGGUGAAUACCUUCUUAAGCAUUACCACUACCCAUGAACAACCUGUGAUGCAUACAGCAAUCAAUGCACCAAAGAAAGCAUCCAGUCCAUCAGGAUCUAAGAAGCGAGAAGUCAAGACACUCAGCACUGGUCUGGCAUUAGGUCUUGGAGAGCAAAGAGGCUUAGGAYUGCGCUCUAUGACAAUGCCCUCAAGACACAGUAGUGGAUCAACCUUGACAAGCUUGUCACCAAAUGAGGAUUCAGAAACUGGCAAAGAACCAUCGACACCUGCUUCRRCUUUGUUUUCAAAGCUGCCCAAUAGUUUCUCAUCYCCAUCAGUUGAUAGUUUGCUUGAUCUCUAUGGAGCGUGGCUGUUUGAAGCUGCRUUUGCUAAGCUUGAUAUGGCGGCAAGUUAUGAUGCAAUUGCAGAGAUUUACAGUAARUGCUGUGAUGCUCUGGAUGAAGAAGAUGUUCCACCAAGUUCCCCAAGAAAAGUGAGUGUUGAAAGCAGUAGCAGUCUUCUUAGAAGGGACUUUGCUGAUGAGACCAGUUUYGAACCAGGAAGAGCUGAGGCAUAUGGAGUUCUUUGCCGUAUCUUUUGUAGUCCAAGAUCAGAGCAGACAAUAAGGCCUGUCUACUUAUCUAGAUUCUACCUGGCUGUUGCAGUUGGUCUCCUUCAUGAUGAGACAUGUACUGGCCAUGUACUGUGCAGCAUUCUACUCAACUCUCCAAAUCUACUGCGCGUUGACCUUCAAGGAGUCCAAGUACUAUUACCUCAUCUUUUGGCUGCACUAGAGAUUGUAUUGUCAAAACGGCAAAUCAAUCUUCUUAGAUGUCCAGUUUCAAUUACUGAACUACGCAGAGCAGCUAUUCAUUUACUUGUGUCCAUGUUGUGUCUUCCUCUGCAUUUUCAGUCAUUGCCUAUCCAAGACAUGACUGCUGGAUUUCAAAAAGCAAAGCAGCCUGCAGGCGAUGCAGGAUCCGCUGAAGCUACGACUCUAACGUUCCUUUCCUUGAAACCAAGAAUAACAAGACUUCUUCUUGAUGCACUUCAAAUAGAAUCAGAUUCUUACAAUGUACAGAUCCUUCUUGGAGGUGUUUCUGUUCUCGUGCAAGACACAGAAAUGGCWCACUCUAUGGGUAUAACACAACCUCCGGCGCACUACCUUCCAAAUUAUGAAGACAGAGACCCUCCAAGCUGGGUAGAGAUCACGGCAAGAAAUAGAGCGAGAGCUAGCACAGGGGGGAGCAGUAUGCAGUCAGAUAUCAGCACGUUUACUGAUGAAACAGAAGCUAAGCUAACCUACGCUAAAGUUACUAAUGRAUCAUACGACCCGACUACUGUGUGUGGACUGUUCGUUCAGAUGACUCGCCUGUUGUGCAAUAAACUGGUUGUAACCAGAAGCAGCAAAUGGAAACCUGACUUACACGUGACACUGGCGGCUUUUGAAGUAUUGUCAGGAUUGGCACAACUAAGCAUGGACUACCUUGAUCCAACAGAGUCAAAGAGCACCAUACACUGGCUGUGUGACUACGUAUCGUUACAGGCAAACAAACCCGCCACUCAUCACUCACGUGAUCUACACUCCAUGAUCGUAGCAGCUUUCCAUUGCAUCAAGACUUGGGUUAUGGCACAUCCACGUUUGUUGGACUCCGAGGAUUGUCUCCAAGCUGUCAUGGAAGUCGUUGAACUUGGUAUUUCUGGAAGCAAAUCUAAAGAUGCAAGGACGGARCCUGAACAAGAAAGGGCAGAACCAUUAUUGAAAGGAGUUAAAGAACUUAAACCGGUAUCGUUUCGAGUUCGUCAGGCUGCCGAGGGUCUCUUAACGUGCAUAAUGGAACAUUUGGGUGCGUUUCCUUCACCUUGCGGACCGUCUGCCCAGUCUUCAUUACUCAACGAAGAGUCAUUACUGGAGUAUUCUAGAUCAAAGAAAGGGMUUAGCAAGAACGUUGGUCUUUUCCGAUACUUUGCGAUAAGAGACAACUCCUACAUUCUAGGAGUUCUUGAAGAUUCACUCGAGACCAAAGAUUCACUUCCUACCGUGACGUCAAUCAUCCGAGCACCGACCGGUCGACAUGUCUGGACCAUGGAGCUUCGACAGUUCUCGAGGAAGAAAAAUGAUUUAAUUGAAGCACAUCUAACUGAUCCUGGUCGACCCAUGCCCCUUSUUGAUCGUCCUGCAGCACCCAAACCAGUCGUUCAUCGAUACUUCCCUGUUGCUGUGGAUACAGUACCGCUGACCAAAGCAGAUGGAAGUAUUCCAGAGCUAGACGCAAUAUUAGACAACAAGCUUAGCGAAGUACAAGACCACAUGAGGACCUUAAUGCAAAAGCAGGACGAGCACGAAGCAGUAGAGCAAGCWCGUGUUGACCGAGUAAAAGCACAACUUCGUUUCCCCAGUGCUGAYACUGAAAGUGUCCCACUUGAACCAUGUGAUAGUUUUCGUGCAUCAAGACUCUUCUUAUCGCACCAUGGCCUUCUAAGUAUCGAGGGACUGAAGGGCAAUCCUGACGACUCGUCUGAAGACCCAUCUCUUAUUGCACUCGACUCGACAAGACUGGGAUUCCGAGCGGCCUUGGAGGAUUUGGACUCUUUACCUACCAGGAAYCAAGACACUGUGUUCGUGUUUUACGUCAAGUCAGGUCAACACGAUGCAGAUGAAAUCAUUGAAAAUGAGAUAAACUCUUGUAAACACAGUAAACUUUUUAUCGAAUUCCUGCUGUCACUUGGUUGGCCAGUUGACUCCGAGGUGCACCCUGGUUGGAAUGGUAACGUGCACAAGUCGUGGAUACCCAACGAAGACGACUCGAAAACUAAAGUCCAACGAAAACAAGGGAUUGAYCAGUCCACCAUGUUGGCMAGCAGCAUGUCWACCAUUACUAGUAGYACUUCGACAAUGGGUCGUGAUGGGGACAUYACACCAAGUUCCGACGARGAAAGUUGGUUUGUGCGUGAUAAAUUUCUUACUAAUGUUCAUAGAGAAAGCCAAGAUAGCGAGGUCACGCAAUCUGAUCAAGUCACACUAGAAGAUUCCGGCACACAAAGUGAAUCUGCUUCUGAUGUCGAGUCGGUCACUCAGGUAGAUGCUGCAGGAAAAGACGACUGUGAUAGUUCCAUUACACAGAAUGYCACGCAGAAGGAUUCUGAUUCGCAAGAGGAUUCUGGGAUACAAAGUGCUGAGUCUGCUACUCAAAACAACCCCGUCACGCAAAGAGAAACUGUCACACAAAAGGAUCCUGYCACACAAGGGGAUUCUGUCACUCAAAGACCCGCUUCAGAACAUUUCGAUUCUUCGACAAUUCCCGAGGCCAAAAUCACAAGUCCUGAGAAAAGUUUCGACAAGGAGGUUAACCAAAUCCUCUACUACGCYGACAUCAGUGGUGAGAUCGCUUUUGUUGUGCCCGCGUUACUGCCUCAGUACCAGCGGUUUCGUAAAAUGAUCGUCAAAGGCGAAAGUACGUCGGAUGAGGAUAACGAAGAGAUCGASGAGACGCCGAAGGAAAGGCUGCGCGCUCGGUCGGGKAGCAUGGGUAGCCUCGAGUUCAAGAGUGCCAGUACGAGUAGCAUGGAAUUGAGGCUGCCUUUAUCAAGGCAGGCGUCAGACGGGUUUGCAGCCUUUGGUAGUCGAAGUAGAUUUCCUGAUACGCCUCCUGAGACGGGGAAGCCUUUGGCGAAACCUAAUGUCCACAUUGCGUCAUCAGAGACUAGUGUKAUCGUAGCUUGGUUGGAGCAUUUCCCCGACCAUUCGUGUUUUCCCAUCGAUGAUAUUCUCUUCCAGAUGGACUUCGGUAAYAACAACGCGUUAAGUGGGCUCGUUGAUAAUAAUGCAGUGGUUAUAUUUGUCCAUAUUCUACAGAAUGGACUUUAUCGUGUGCAUAUAAGGUCUACUAUAAAAUCUCCUAUAGCUGGGCCAUUGGUGGACGGAAUGGUUGUCAGUCGGCGGGCACUGGGUACCAUGAUUCGACAUACAGCUAUGAACAUCGCUAACAGAAGAAGACUAGAGAUUGAUUCGUACUCGCCGCCGUCAGUUUGUCGCAAACUGAAGAUUCAAGACAUUGUCAAGAAAUUUCGCCAGGAAAUUUCCGUCCCGGAAUUCUACGUUUCGUUUUUCGGCAAAGAACACUAAAUUAGCAUUCACUGAUUUACCAUGAGAAGUACAAGUCUGUUAAUGCUUUGCGCAUACAUUUUUGGAUUCGUAACGUACAGAAUGGUCGCGGGCUCAGAAGUCUGUUUGGCGAAAUGCGGUGCCCAUUUCACAUCAUGUAACUCCCAGUGCUCAUCGUUUGAAGUUUGCAUGAAAUGCACCUCGGAAGUUAAUGGAUGCCGAAAUGAUUGUAAAAGAAAAAGAUCGAUGGAAACAAAAAGAGACAAUCUUCGCAAUCUCAAAGACAUCUUAAAUAUAAAAUGGUAAAAGUGUAGGGGACUGUUGUGAAUAUGUGAAAAAUAAAAAAUAAAAAAACAA